AUGUUACUGUCUUCUACGUACAACGAAGUCUUGCCGCCUGACUUUCAUCCAAAAACCGAGGAGCAGAUCAGAGAUUUGAACGAUAGGUGCAAAGAACGUCCACUUCAAGCUCUUCAAUUAAAGGGCGAGCUGCCAGAGAGCACUUUGGACGCCAUUUUGAUGCUGUUUGAACAUCAACAGGAACAGCCGAGAUGGUCAGGUUGCGGGACUCUGACGAGGGAGUCAGACACGCUGCAGCCGGAGCUAGCAAGGACGCUCAAUGACGUAAAUAUCAACACUGCAAAGGCUGUUGCUGAUGCCCUCUGCUCCCAAUCCAAACUUGAUGAUAAAACUUGGGACACGAUAAUGGACAUCGCCAAGGGUUCAAAAUAUGGCAGGAAAAAUGCAAUGCUUGUUUUAAGGAACCAUUCGCCUCUUGACCCCAAUUUCCUGCAAGUCAUAGUCAACCUGAUGGGGGACAAGAAUUGGGAUGUUAAACGGGACGCUUUAUAUAUCCUUGGGGCUGACAAGUCAUUACCGGAAGAUAUCCUUCUGAUAGUCGCUGCGAUGAUCGGGGACGAGGAUUCGGACGUCAAGCAAACUGCAUACCACGCUCUCGUGCGCCAAUGA